AUGGACGUCGUGGAGCUGGGCAUAGGGCUGGAGUGCGAGGAGGAGGACGGCGCGUCGGACGUCGUGCUGUUCACCUUCUUCAUGCUCUUUAUCGGCCUGUUCACGCGCCACGUGCUGGCCAAGGUCCCCAUCCCGUACACAGGCCUGCUACUGGUUGCUGGCAUCGUCCUCGGCCUGGCGGGCUCCAUAACCGAGACAGGGGCGCGAGAAAAGGAGGAGAGGCGGCUGGAGAGGGAGGCGGAGGCGGCGGCCAACGACACUUCGCGGUUGAUCGCCCCGGAGGAGGUGGAGGUGCCGGAGGGCGUGGGAGAGGUUGUGGGGAAGGAGAUCGAGUAUGAGCUGCCCAAGGCCUACGAGCACCUGGGGCGGGGGAUGGACGCCUGGACGAACAUCAGCCCGGAGGUACUGCUGCUGGUCCACCUGCCGGCGCUGAUCUUCGCCAGCGGCUUCUCGAUGGACUUCCACAUCUUUAAGCGCAACUUCUGGCAGAUCCUGAUCCUCGCCGGGCCCGGUGUCGGCAUCGGCACCAUCAUGACCGGAGCCGUGGGGAAGUACGUGUUUCCAUACGGCUGGUGCUGGCCCAAGGCGCUCAUGUUCGGCGCCAUGCUGAGCGCCACGGACCCAGUGGCGGUCGUCGCGCUGCUCAAGGAGGUGGGGGCAUCUGAAACACUGGGAACCGUCAUAGAGGGAGAGUCUCUGCUAAACGACGGGACAGCCUUUGUGUUCUUCCUUGUGUUCAGGGAUCUUAUCCGCUGGACCACCUCGUGCAACACGGGCGAGUGCAAUGGCGCGGACCGCAUUCGCGAGGGCCUGCAGCACCUGUGCAAAUGCCGCCACCCCGAGUUUGAGCUGCUGCACGAGGACGACAGAGCCGACUGCGAGGGGGUACCCACAUUAGAGGAAGACCCCGAUUUCAAGCAGCCCUUCACGCCAGUGUGCACCUUUCCCCACCGAACUGCAGGCGGCACCUUUGCGUUCUUUGUGCGGAUGGCCAUUGGGGCCCCCCUCCUGGGGUCGGCCUUUGGGAUCGCCGCCUCCUUGUGGAUCAACUAUGUGUACAAUGAUCUGGUGGUCGAGGUGGCUAUCACGCUGGUGACGGCAUACCUUACUUACUACACUGCGGACGACCUGGUCGGGGUUUCCGGCGUGCUGGCAACAGUGGCAUUGGGGGUGACUAUGGCUGUGAUGGCCCGGCCCCGCCUGUCCCCUAAGGCCCACGAACCUAUGGAGGUUUUCUGGGAGCUGAUGGAGUACUUUGCCAACAGCACGAUCUUCAUCUAUGCCGGUGUCAAGAUUGCCAAGAAGAUCUAUGAAGUCGAGGUUGAUGUUGAUGAUGAUGCUGAGGAAGCACAGUUCAUAGAGAAAGCCGACUGGGGUCUAUCAUUAUUGUUGUACUUGUUCUUGCAGAUCAUCCGGCUGGUAACCAUCCUCAUGAUGUACCCCUUCAUGAUGCUCAGUGGAUAUGCCGUCGACUGGAAGGACGUCCUGGUCAUGACCUGGGGUGGCCUACGGGGUGCCGUGGGCCUUGCCCUGGCACUGAUCGUGGACUUGGAUGAGGAGCGCAUCGACCCGAAGUUCAGGGCGCUGACCAUUUUCUACAUGGGCCUCAUCGCAGCCUACACACUUCUGAUCAAUGGGACCUCCAUGGGCAGGUUUCUGGACUAUCUGGGUGUGACUAAGACCAAGCCAGAGAAGCUGGAGGUGCUGUUGCAUGUCGUUAAGGUGGGCGCCGUAUUAUGCAUAGGCAGAAGUGUGGUUUUUCAGUGCCAUUUGUGUCUCCCUGUUGCUCUGUUCUUUGUUCAUUGCCAUAUCACAAUAUGA